AUGAAUCGUUCCUUUGCUCCAACAUCAGAGCCUCAAUGGGGACUUGUUGCGCAUCACAACGACCCAGCAAACACAUCGGCCCAGGACCUGACGUCCUCGCCCAUGCGGGACCUGGAAGGAUCUGAUGGGCCCCAUUUGUGUCAGCUUUGUGGCAAACAGUAUCCUCGACUAUGCGACCUGAACAAACAUUCCAAAGCCCACACCCGGCCGUUCAAGUGCCCCAUCGAGGCUUGCAAGUACCACCUGCUCGGUUGGCCAACGGAGAAGGAACUGGACCGUCACCGCAAUGACAAACACUCGAUGGAGCCGAGGACAUACUCCUGCUUAUUUCCUCCCUGCACAUACACCUCCAAGCGGGAGUCCAACUGCAAGCAGCACAUGGAAAAGUCGCACGGCUGGGAGUAUGUUCGCAGCAGGCUUGGACAUAAGGAUGAGGGGACCUCUCAACGCCCCGUCUUGACUAGCGACGUCAGCAAUCAGGUCAUCCACCCAGGAAGCAGCUUGACAAUCCGGACUGUUCCAGGUUUGACCGUAUCACCCAGCCCAAUGGCACCACACAAUUCUCCUGCGUCAACGGUAUAUGACGGGUCAAUUCCUUAUGGAGCUGAUGUUUACAUUCCCUGGACCUCCCCAGUGACGAGGCUGAGGAACAAUGAGAACUUCCUGGAACAGUUCUCCCAGACAUAUGCUGCUGGCUAUCAAGGUGAUGACGAAUGGCUCAAGAUUCCGGUCGAUCCGCAGCUAUACAAUAGGUCUGCUCAGGAUGAUGACGUCGCAGUGAAGUCAGUCACAUCAGAGGCAGCAUCUGGCGCCGAGGACUUACUCAAGGCUCCGCCUACCGUGUUGACACCACAGGCGAGUCCGAUCGUCAAAACCCAGGUCUUGACUCCUCUUUCAGAACCAAGCCCGUUCAUGAACCAGUGCCCUUGGGCCACAAGAGAUGGUGUAACACCACAAGAUGUCGAAUCAGACCCCGGGAGUGGCUUUUCUGCAAGUCGAGGCCUGCGUUCUGGCAACCUUGGGCAGUUCAAACAGCCGGGGAAACGGUCAGUCAGGUUCUCUAGGGAAUCUGAUGGUAGCGAAGGGGACGGAGAGCCACCGAACAAGCGGAACAAGGCUCCUGGUGGGAAGGUAGAUGAAACGGGAGACCCCAGAAUGAUCUGCCCUUUCCGAGCUGAACACCCAGAAAUCUACGAUAUGGGCUAUGAUCAGAAAUAUUACAGCUGCCACACAGCACACGACAAUAUCUCUACAGUGGUCUUGGACGUGGACAAUGGUCGAAAGAGCAUUUCAUCUUUUGGUCUCGAGAACAACGAGCACGGCCACCCUGCUGCUGGCUUGUGCAAGAGAUGCUGGCGAACCUUUUCGGACCCUGAAGCCUUCGAGAAUCACUUCAACGCCAAUUGUGAGAUUGCUUCGCGUUCAAAGAGGGAAAAGUAUGGCAUCCUCCGCAAAACAUUUUGUCAGAUUGACUCAAUGCUGCCGCGGAGUUCCGCUGAGGAUGCUGGAUCCGAUGACAGCGACUUUGACGAUGUUCCAGACGCAGAAGGCGAUCCUGACGACACCAUGCCUGUGAAUACCACCAGAGCGCAACCACAAAUCCCUAGGAGCGAUGUGGUCAGCCGGAGCGAGCAUAAUGCUCUCAUGGCGAGAGUCGCAGCUCUUGAGAGAAUGUUGCAGCCACGAAGCUUGCAAGCCAUCCCACGAACCGUACCCAGUCAGCAAGAGACAAUGUCACAAGCAUUGAUGUCAUCUUCGGCCGCCACGGCCACUCAGCCAACCCAACCAAUGGGGCACUAUGCAUUUGAGGUUGGCUCACAACAACGCCAUUCCAUGGCAGAAAGAGGUGGCUCUAGAGAGCCGCGUGACCUCAUGGGAGGCGUUCACAGGCGGCCGGUCAAUUACAGGGACCAGAUGGGCUUCAACCUGGACACCGAGAGCGUCAUGGCUAAUUACGACCCUUCUGUUGCAAGAAGGUCAGACAGUAUGUCAACCAUCCACCGCACCAGCCCCAUCACCACCACCCACCACUAUGAGUCACUCGACGGCCAGGCCAAACCGGCACCGUCCGACUCAGCCUAUGGGACAGCAUCCAACACCGGCAUUGGUAAUGCGCCCCCAACACAGAGCACCCAGCCAGGGGAUCAGAUGGGUGGCGGCGGCGACGAGUACGGGCAGGAGGGCAUCUCCCAGGCGUCAUCCAACACACGCCUGCUCAACCAGUUCAUCCAGGCCGAGGAGCAGCGCGAAGCGGUGAUGGGCAGGGCCAGCUUCUUCAACACCGAGGCGGAAGACAUGGUUUCCAAUUUCCUGAACAUGGAUUCGCAGUAG